CGCUCGGACGGUAGGGGGCGCGCAUCCGGCGCCCCUCGGCCAGCUCGGCACCUUUGGGGGCCCCCUGUGCGGCCCGGUGUGACUGGAAGGAAAAUGGAGCAAGAAGCCUAGCCUGAGGGGUAGCUGUUACCCCUCUGACCGAGGUCCUGCUGCUUUCGCCGCUAGGAGCCUCCUUCUCUUCCGGACCUAGUGCGUUCGAGCGCCCCGGCGGCCUGGGCCCGGCUAGUGGAAUGGUCGCCGAGGCCCAGGGCGUCGGGCUUCCGCGCGCCCCGUGACGGGAACUAGGGAGCCUCGAGGGACGGCUCCCUCACCCACCCCACCGACUCCAGGCGCGGCAAACCCCAAUUAGUGAGCAACAGCUGUAGUCACUGGCUGUUUGAGAGAGAGAACCUGUGGUCACCGACCUGUAGCAUUUUCUGCUGAUCUAGGCAAAUGUGCAAUACCAGCAUGUCUGUGUCUACUGAUGGUGCUGUAAGCACCUCACAGAUUCCAGCUUCGGAACAAGAGACCCUGGUUAGACCAAAGCCAUUGCUUUUGAAGUUGUUGAAGUCUGUUGGUGCACAGAAGGACACCUAUACUAUGAAAGAGGUUAUAUUUUAUCUUGGCCAGUAUAUUAUGACUAAACGAUUAUAUGAUGAGAAACAACAGCAUAUUGUAUAUUGUUCAAAUGAUCUUCUAGGGGAUUUGUUUGGAGUGCCAAGCUUCUCUGUGAAAGAGCACAGGAAAAUAUAUACAAUGAUUUAUAGAAACUUGGUGAUAGUCAAUCAGCAGGAACCAUCAGAUUCAGGCACAUCUGUGAGUGAAAACAGGUGUCACCUUGAAGGUGGGAGUGUUCAAAAGGACCUUGUGCAAGAGCUACAGGAAGAGAAACCUUCAUCUUCAGAUUUGGUUUCUAGACCAUCUACCUCAUCUAGAAGGAGAGCAGUUAGUGAGACAGAAGAAAAUUCAGAUGAAUUACCUGGUGAACGACAAAGAAAGCGCCACAAAUCUGAUAAUAUUUCCCUUUCCUUUGAUGAAAGCCUUGCUCUCUGUGUAAUAAGGGAGAUAUGUUGUGAAAGAAGCAGUAGCAGUGAAUCGACAGGGACUCCAUCAAAUCCGGAUCUUGAUGCUGGUGUAAGUGAACAUUCAGGUGAUUGGUUGGAUCAGGAUUCAGUUUCAGAUCAAUUCAGUGUAGAAUUUGAAGUUGAGUCUCUUGAUUCAGAAGAUUAUAGCCUUAGUGAAGAAGGACAAGAACUCUCAGAUGAAGAUGAUGAGGUAUAUCGAGUUACUGUGUAUCAGGCAGGGGAGAGUGAUACAGAUUCAUUUGAAGAAGAUCCUGAAAUUUCCUUAGCUGACUAUUGGAAGUGUACUUCAUGCAGUGAAAUGAAUCCUCCCCUUCCGCCUCAUUGCAACAGAUGUUGGGCCCUUCGUGAAAAUUGGCUUCCUGAAGAUAAAGGGAUAGAUAAAGGGAAAAUGUCUGAGAAAGCCAAACUAGAAAACUCAGCACAAGUAGAAGAGGGCUUUGAUGUCCCUGACUGUAAGAAAUCUACAGUGAAUGAUUCCAAAGAAUCAUGUGUUGAGGAAAAUGAUGAUAAGAUCACACAAGCCUCCCUAUCCCAAGAAAGUGAGGACUAUUCUCAGCCAUCAACUUCUAAUAGUAUCAUUUAUAGUAGCCAAGAAGAUGUCAAAGAGUUUGAGAGGGAAGAAACACAAGACAAAGAAGAAAGUGUGGAAUCUAGUUUUCCUCUUAAUGCCAUUGAACCUUGUGUGAUUUGCCAAGGUCGACCUAAAAAUGGUUGCAUCGUCCAUGGCAAAACAGGACAUCUUAUGGCAUGCUUUACAUGUGCAAAGAAGCUAAAGAAAAGGAAUAAGCCCUGCCCCGUAUGCAGACAACCAAUUCAAAUGAUUGUGCUAACUUAUUUCCCCUAGUUGAACUACCUAUAAAAGUAGAAUUAUAUAUUUCUAACUAUAUAAGCCCCAAAAUUUAGACAUGAAAUUUAUUUUUAUUUUUUUAGCCGUAUCAAAGCAAGAAAGUAUCUUACUACAUGGAGAUUUCUCCCAAUAGUGAAUAGUUACCUCCUUUUAGGAAAAUGCCCCUUCUGUUGAUAUUUUAUAUUUGGGUUUUAAUGUAAUUUGGAUUGGAUAUAGAGUUCAUCCUUUACCCCUCUACCCCCUUUUUUUGGGGGUGGGGGCUGCACCGUUCCACAUGUGGAUCUUAGUUCCCCAACCAGGGAUGAAACCCGUGCCCCCUGCUGUGGUAGUGCAGUCUUAACCACUGUACCAUCAGGGAAAUUCCUACAGCUCAUUAUUUAAAAUCAUUUCCACUUUCUCUUAAAUGAGAAGUAUCUGACCUUUUAAAAAAUAUAAAAGUAGGACAUUUAAAUGUAACUUAUUCAGUACCUUUCAUGUAAGGAGGAAAAGUUCGUGUGAAAGAUUUAAUAUUUAAAUUUUACAUACUCUUAAACUUUCCAAUCCUUAGUUUCUCUAGUCUUUCGGAGCCUCUUAAAAUAUAAUAAGUCACCUACAUGCGAACCUUCAAAUGCCAACUUUCAAAGAUGCCAACGUUAGCUGGCAUGUCCAGUCACGAAAGUUCACGUGAGUGGAGUACGUUGACAUGUGCGUGCAUCCUCUACAAAAGGUUGUGCUUUUGUGUACUUUACUGUGUAGAGUACAGUAGUAUAGUAUCUUUAUUUCAAGCCCAGGAUGUCCGGGAGCAAGCAUAAAAGCAGCAGUGAUGUAGCUGGUACUGCUGAUGGAAACAAAAGUGAAAAUAAUUGAGAGAGUGGAGUGACAAGAGGAAGAAGUAACAGAAGAACCAAAGAGAUUCACGACGCAGAAAAUGGCAAGGGUUUUUUGUUUAUUUGAGGAGGCACUGUUAGUUUUUGAGGCACAGGACCCGAACGUAGAAUGGUACACGAAGGUUGCAGCAGCCGUUCAGAAUGCAAUCCAGUGCUACUGUGUUAUCUAUGAGGAGAAAAAAAGAGCUACUACCCAGACAUCAUGGGAUCGUUUUUUCAAGAGGGUAGGUAGAAUUGAAUCCAGCAAGGAACCAGAACCUGUGCCAUCAACGUCAGGUGUGAGUGAAAUUGCAGCUUGCCCUCCAUCUCCUGUUGCUGACAAUCCUUCAGCUCUGUCAUCUCCCACCUCUUCUCCCUCCUCCAUUCAGUAGCUCUUCUUGCCUGUUCACUUGAUGCCAGCCCCUGUAUGCCAGCUGUUGUACUGUACUACUGUACUUUUCAAGGUAUUGUACUGUAAGAUUAAAAAUGUUUUCUUUA